GCCGGGAGGAGCGAAGCGCCGCGCCAUAACCAGACCUUAACAUAGGACAGUCAGUUCCCCAACCAUUCCCCGUACAAAUUCCAAACAUCACCAAGUGCCCUUUAUAUAUUUUGACGCAUCAAAGCUCAUGUGUCCUCAUAUGAACGUGUCUUAUCCGUUCUGUAAAGACGUGUCAUUUCAGUCAUCCAAGAAGAGGGUCUGGCGCAGCUCCCGCUGCAGGUGCACUGGUGCAGGCCGGGUUGUUUGGGGUGAGCUUCAAAGGGCUCCAUUAGCCUACCGGUUCAGAAAUACCCUUACGCAAGCCCACCCUCCCCGUCCCACUCAAACACACGUGUAGAAUUUCGCUGGAACAAUGAGAGGAAUGUUGAGGUUUUUAAAAGAAUUUGACCGUGUGCCUCUCUUGUCUCUAUCCGCCUAUCACACUAGAAUGGCGUAGCGCCUCAGCCAAUGUGAACGCUAUGUGGACCACCCCGGCCCCUGAAUCUGAAUGCAUCCACUACGGCCCAUUAUAAAUAGGCUAAAUGUUUUCCUGCAACCCUUGGUCAUGCAGAAACGCUCAGGGUUGCAGCAGAAACACUCCCCGUCUUUUUUCUUUCCAUAUUUAUAAACGCAUCAUAUCCCAUUUAUAUUAUUUCUGAGGUUACAGUUCUUUGAGGCCAGUUGCAUGCAUUGUUCGUCUCCAAAAAUGGUUUGCGAGACUAAAAUAGUUGCGGAUGAACACGAUGCCAUACAAGGGACCAAAAAAGAUUCUAUUAUCGUUUCCUCCUCGCAAAUGUGGACUUCUUCCACACCGGCACCGAAUCCGAUCGAGGAAAAUGAUGUGAGGAAAGAUACGGUUUUUAUCCGUGAGUUUGAGCGCACGGACCAUGUGGAAGUGCGCCGCAUCUUUUACGAGGGGAUCAUGGAGAGAAUCCCCAACACCGCAUUCAGAGGCAUAUUACAGCAAAGUCAAACCCAAUUCUUAUAUGUUCUUCUGACACUAAUGUGCUUUGUUGUGAGCAAAUCCCUCACGCUGACCAGCUGUGCGCCGUUCGUUCUCAUGGCCGCGCGCUACUUCUACAGCAGCAAAGUUAUCCACAACUAUCUGGCCUGCGCGCUCCGAACUGACAUGGCGGACAUCGAGGAGUAUUACAUGAAACCCACAGGCUCGUGUUUCUGGGUGGCAGUGCUGGAGGGUCAGGUGGUCGGCAUCGUGGCGGCGCAGGGCCGGGAGGACGAUAACACGGUGGAGCUGCGCCGCAUGUCGGUGGACUCGCGCUUCCGCGGCAAGGGCAUCGCCAAGGUGCUUGGGCGCCGCGUGCUGGAGUUCGCCGUGCACAACAACUACGCCGCCGUUGUCCUAGGAACCACCGCCGUCAAAAUGGCCGCCCACAAGCUGUACGAGUCACUGGGCUUCCGGCGGACGGGCGGGAGCGAGGACUACAUGCUGCCUGGCAUGAGCGGCUCGCCGCUAGAGAGGCUCUUCUUUCAGAUCCGUUACCAGCGUUACCGCCUGCAGCUCCGCGAGGAGUGAGAGGUGAGAGAGAGAGGGAGAGAGGGAUGGAAAGAGAGAGCAACGACACCUCCUCCUCGAAGCAGAGCCCCUCGCCCGACGAGCCUCGACCAAUUCCCCGAUCAAUCUUAUACUCCUCUGACAACUUUAUUUUGUAUCAGUUACUUCUUCUUACUACUUACCACUACUAUGUCUAUUCAUUAUUUCUAAGUCAUUAACUUAUGGGUUUUUGUUUUAUAUUUUAUAUUUAGUGUUUUACUCCCCCCCCCCGCCUUUGAGUAAAUUAUUUUGUUUUGCCUAUUUUCCCGUCCUUUCCUGUUCUAAGAAAAAAUAAUCCCUAACAUAUAUCACCGUCCCAUGCCUAUUCAAAUGACAUCAUCAAUUGAGUGUUCCCGUUGCUUUUGAUAGAAAUUUGAUUGCAAUCAGUUUUUCGAUCACCAUAACAAAAUCCCCCCCCCUUCCUCCCUUCCACCCUUCCUAUACUAAAAUCCCCUCCCACCCCCUUCAGAACACCAAUCAGAGGCUUAAUCAGGAGGGUGGCGUGUUCCGUAACAUUCAGAUAGAAAUAUAUCACGUAGAACAGACAUUGUCCUUUGCCAUGGAAAACAGGCAUUCGUGUCCGCCCUAUACAUGGCAUUUCUAUCUGAAUAGUUUCUAUCUCAAACGCAUCCUGUCUCUCGUUAUCCCGCCUAAGCCCUCUCCAUUGUCACAACAACGUUUGUGCCCAAAAAGACCUGGACAAAAAGACAAAGUAGGUUGGCAUUUCUCCAGCUCAACCCAUAUUGAAGCACAGCAAGGGUCAUCAAGUGUACUGUACCAGCCCUGUGGAGAGACAGGAGGAACAGGCAGGACGUGUACUGUGGACACACGCUGUGGAUCCUGCAUAGGCAGGAAAACAAACACAAACAGGCUUGCGUCCCAAAUGGCACCCUAUUCCCUAUAUAUUGCACUACUUUUAACAAAGGCCCAUAGGGCUCUAGUCAAAAGUAGUACACAGUGUAAGAAAAAGGGUGUAAUUUUAGAUGCAGACACAGUGCAUUUUCUGUUUCCUAAACCCUCCUGCUUUCUGCUUUCACUAUUUCCUCCAUCUUUGGUCACGUUCUCUUCCCCUCAUUCAACACAGUGUCAGAAUCUAAUUCUAUGAUUCCAUUCCACCUGCAUGGGAACUAUGAAGAGGGUCUCUCUGAUUGGUUGGGAAGACGAGAGGGUAGUUCAGGCCAGGGGCACGUACCCAUGCAGGGUGAAUACUGUGCCAAUGUUAAUCAUAUUACUAAUUUAAUCAUGGGGGUUUUCUAAUGAGUAAAUGAUCUAAUCUAAUGAAACAUUGAGUGUUACUGAGUUUUAUGUGUAAUUAUCAAUGGUUUACUAAUUGAAUCAAGAUAAAUUUGAACAUUUUGAAUAUGUUUGGUAUUUGAUUGAGAAAUUAGAGAUGUUAUUAUUAUUCACAACAUUUGAGGGAAGCAUUGCUACUUUGUAGUAUGCACAUUUUAUGGAUACUCCUACAUGUACAUAGUAACCGCAAUCUAGUUUAUAUUUAAACCAGGUAACUGGGGGAAACUACUUGGGUAGACCUAAUACAUUAUUCAAAAUAUUUGCGGACUUACAGUACAUAGCUGGCUUAACAAAAUGUAUCUAAGCACAAAUGUUUCAGUUUGAAUUUAGACACAAUACUAUAUCCAAUUUACAGGUAUAUUUAUAUCCUUCUGUGUAUGUAUUAAUGUGUAUACAGUUGGAAUACUCUGUACAGUAUGUAGCUGACAAACCCAAAAGACGUCCCUCUCCCUCCCCUUCAUAAAGAUAACCACUCUCUCCAUUUCCAUCCUCCUAUCAGAGACAGAACCAGCAGAGGGAGAGAUACAACUUCUAUGAGCCCAAGAGUUUGUCAUACUUGUACAAAAAUCAAGAAAUUAAAUGUAAAAAAAAAAUAUCAUAAAAAAACACAGAUUUAAAAAAAAAAAGUUGACAAAAAGAUGUCAUGAAUUGUGCUGAUCCUCCUUGCCUUGACUUCUACUCCCCCUUCUGACCCCCCAUUCAUAAAUCUGACUGCAACCCUGGGCUAGACCCCCCCACCCCUCCCCUCUCUUCUCCCCACCCCAUCUCUGCAUGCGCCACAGUCUUGCUGCGCUGCUUUUAUUCCAUUUGAGCUUGUAACACAUCCCCCCCCCCAAAAAAAUGCCCCUAUUGUGAUGUCAUCAAAGCAGUCUGGCCCCUCCCUGCAACGAUGGUGGAGGAUGCAUAGGUGUGUGUGUUAAGUUUGUGUGUGUUGAGUGUCUGGUUGAGUGUUUGUGUGUUGAGCGUGUAUGUGUGUGUUGAGUGAGUAUCUGUGUGUGUGGUUGUGUGUGGAGGUAGGGUAGAUGAAGAGGUGCAUUAAACCCACUCACCGCAGCGCAGCACUGCCUUGAUGACAUCAAGCCUGCCAAUUGUAAAAUGCAAAAGCAAUGCAAGUGUGGCAUGCCUCUGUUCCUGGUGUGUGCGUAUAUACGUACGGUGCCUGCCCUGGAAAAAUAAUCGGAAAACGACAUUAAAAAAAAGAAGAUAUUUUUUAGCUGAACAUAUAAACAAAAAUGUGUGUUUCUUUGUCAGAGAAAAAAAACAUUUUUUUUUUGCAUGAGAUGUCUUUGAAUUAAAAUGUCUUAGAGGAUACAUUGUACCACAUGGCAAGCAGUGGAGAUAAAACGUUUAGUUUUUGCAUUAAGGUGAUAUUAUCAAUGGACUCUUUUUAUCAAGGGAGGGGUGAUAUCAUGCACAGUGAGAAGAAUCCUAUGGAGAUGUCAAAUAAAGCAGUGAGAUCAUGUUGAUGUAUCAGAUGUUGGGUCAUUCGACUAAAUGUCUGCUGUAUUAUCAGAGGACUUCUCACUGUUCUGACACACCCCUCUUCCUCAUUCAACCAUGUGAAUUGAGAUGUGGAGGGCACAAAAAAUGAACCAGUUAGCCCAGAUUUUUUCUCCUUCUCCAAUUUGACCUGGUCAAAAGUAGUGCACUAUAUAGGGAAUAGGGUGCCAUUCGGAAUAGUGUCAAAUUUGGGACGUACUAAAUGAUAUAAAUUAUGAUCAAUCCCCCCAUCUGAAAAAUUCAGAACAGACAUGGGUAUAGUAUUUUGGCGUGGAUCCACCAGAAUGUAGGAGGCAGAGGUUAAAUGGUGAGGCUAUAAGAGUGUACUUACUAAGAAGGUAUGCCAGAGGAGGCUGGUGGGAGGAGCUGUAGGAGGACAGGCUCAAUUGUAAUGGCUGGAAUGGAAUAGAUGAAACGGAGUCAAAUGUGUGGUUCCCAUAUGUUUGAUACCGUUCCAAUAAUUCCAUUCCAGACAUUACAAUGAGCCCUUCCUCCUUAGCUCCUCCUCUGGUGUUCACUACAAGUGUACACUACAUAGUAAUGUAGUAAGUGGACUCAUGUCUGCUAAAAGAUGAAUGUGAAUUCUUAUCAAACUGAGCCAUGAAUGCUGCUGUCGCCAUUUCAAUAAUAAUAUACCCUCUCGUUAAGCAUUGUGGGUAAUCUCAGCCUAGGCUACUAUUUGUGUUCUUGAUAAAGGACGUAAUAUUAUACCAAGACUCCGCAAAAGCCUUAUGUACUGUAAUAAUUACAUGCUGACAUUCAAAUAUCCCACCAGCAAUCUAUAUGGCUUAAGGUAGCGAAUGAUUCAUUUCCUGUUUUAAGUUGUUAGAGAGGAACAGACAAACUACACUGAUAUGUCACUAGCCUACAAUGCAUUUUACUGUAUUCUGUUUCGUAAAAGGGUCAAGCCUGUGUUUAUAUGGGGAAUGCUAUGCUAUGCCCUGUUCGGUCUGGUCUUAGUACUUCUUGAUUCUGGUAAAGCAUACGCAGUAUUAGAAAGUAGAAGAAAUACUGUAUGCAACCACCACCACUAGUGUGAUUAUGUAACUUAAUAAUACUAUUCCAUACCAUUCCACUGAACCUCUGAUGAUGUACAAUCCAAGAGAUUUUUUUGUUUUUGUUUUACUUCUUUUCUUUUGGUUGAGAAAAUAGGGAAAUAUUGUUAGUGUUGACUUGGGAACAUAGGAGAAUGUUCAUGUAUUGUUAUCUGCAAAGGGUUUCAGACAUGUGUGCUGCAUCAGAACUAAACGCCUCUCUCAUUGGAGCGCUCCUUUAUCGAGUGCUUUCCAAUCCAAAAACUAUCAUCCGAUCACCUAUAUUGGCGGUGAAGAAACCAUGCAGGCUCACAAAAUACUCAAUUUAUACUUUAUCGUAGUCCCUCCCACCUGGAAAUACAAGUAUGAGACAAAAAUCCCUCAACGUCUGUCAUCCAGAUGUCAAGUUGAACACACACACACUAUUGUAGAAGUAUCGAUAUCAAAACCGCACAAAUAGUAUUCCUGUGAGUAUAGGUGUUUUGUCCUGGGCGAGUGCAGAUUUCAAAGGCCGUGGAGUUAGUUAAUAGCAGACAUGAAUGUAUAUGGGUGCCGUUACUAAGGGUCUUUGUUGCGAGAAAUUGUUAAAACAUUUUUUUUCUUUUAAGAGAGAAAGGAUUAAGACAAAAAUGACAAAAAGCAGCUAAUGGUUCUUCUAUUGCUGAGAAAACCACAACAUAUGAUGUUUAAGAGUGACUGUGUACAUAGCUAUAUCUAUUACUGUUGCUUUGAUUUACAGUUUAUAUAUAUAUAUAUAUAUAUAUAUAUAUAUAUAUAUAUAUAUAU